UGUCAUAUCACUUAUAAUACAGUAUUUUUACGUACACCAAAGAUAAUUCUCUUUGACGUACACUACCUUUUAAAUUCACAGCUAAAUGCGGGUAGGACAAAAAUAACUCGAUCGGUAGGGUAGGAUUGUAACCCUGUCAAACCAUAAAUAGAAAUAUAUCGGCGCCCCGUGGCUGACGCGGCUGUGUGAAGUGUCAACUCUUAGUCACAGAACGGAGUAUUCUUUGUUCAAAUUCAAUAAAAAUUUGGAAUGCAAUAAAAAUACUGAAAACUGAAUACAGGUUCUGCAUUCGAAAAUGAACGUGUUUCAGGAAUUGAAGAAAUUUUUAUAUCAGCUACUGAACAGCGUUGAUGGCUUACACAGUAUUUUGAUCACGGAUCGUGAUGGUGUUCCUGUCAUAUCAGUGUCAGAUGAAAAAGCCCCAGAAUUAGCAAUGCGGGCAAGCUUCCUUUCUACAUUCGGAAUGGCCACUGAUCAAGGGAGCAAAUUAGAUCUAGGAAAGAAUAAAACCAUUAUUAGCAUAUACAGCAGUUAUCAAGUUGUUCAAAUGAAUAAGCUACCAUUGGUCGUAAGCUUUAUUGCAAACAACAUUUGUGAUACCGGGCACAUCUUGUCACUAGAGAGUAAAAUUGAUCCAAUUUUACAAAAUCUUAAAAACGUUGUUGCCGAAGCCUGAUGGACACCUGUGAUGCACUAAUAAACUAAUUGAAGAAAUCGUGGAAUUAAAACGUCACGACGACUGUGUAAUUGAAUGUGUAAAACACAUUGAACCAAAUUUUAGCAAAACAAAGGCUAAAUAUUAUGAUUUAAAUCGUUGUAAAUUAAUUCUAUAAAUCUUAUAUAAUUAUAUAAUAUACAUACAAAACAAAAAAUGAUAUAUACUGUAUAUGUAUUAUUGGAGAAUUGAAUUGAUUAUUUCGUGAACACGUGUCAUACGCACACUUUAUAUUUUCGUAUUCCUAAAUAACUUCGCAUUCAUAAAAUAAAAAUAGACACUGAUCACGGAGUCACAUCUGUAUGAAUUAACGUGAGAUAUAACACACCUACAAACAAGUUACUGGAAUGUCAAUGUGCUUAUA